AUGCCAAUGGACCAGGCUGGCGAAAACCCGCCCCCUCUUGCCGCCCGCAAGGCCUCGUCGUCAAGCGACACCCCCGAACCCGCAGACGAUCAGAAAGGCGGGCGGAUUGCCCACACAUUAACCGCCUGCACACGAUGCAGACAGAGGAAGUCUAGAUGCGACACAGGCAUUCCCCGCUGCACCCCUUGCCAGCGGAGUAACUCAAAAUGCGUUUAUUUUGACCCGGCUAAGAAUGCCACCAUACCGAGAACAUACAUCGUACAGCUACGCGACAAGGUCCGGAGGCUGAGUGAAGAGCUUGCGCAACUGGAAAGCCAGAUUGAACAUUCGCCGGACCCCGAAAUGAUGGUGCGGGGCGGCGGCCUAAUCAAGUUCAAGGAGAAUGACGAAUCGAGGUUCUUGGGCCCGUCAAGCGGCAUCGCGAUCACUCGCUUUGUGAUGGAGAUGGCGAAACAGAAUACGGAUACAAAGAGCAUCAAGGAAGUGGUCAAUGAGUCCACCGCCCAAGAGAUCAAGCAUGUGUUCACGAAGGAGAGCCAAAAGCCGACUUCGAAGAUAUACCCCUUGAUCAGCUCUGUCGCGCAACCGGAUCUGCCCGAGCGAGGCUUAUGUGACAAAUUGGUGGAUUUGUUCAUGGCAAAGGCCCAGUACAUGCUCCCCACCCUACAUGAACCGUCUUUUAGGCAAGAAGUCGAUGCUGUAUAUAAUGGCUCUGACGACCCUUGUCAGAACUUCCAAUUAAGGAUUGUCAUCGCCAUCAGCAUGCAGAAACUAAACACGCAAUUUGCCGGGUUGGCGGAUGCUUUUUACUUAGCCGCGCUACAAUAUCUGGAUGCUUGCAUCAAGAAAAUGGAUACUUCAACUCUGCAAUGUUUGGUUCUAAUCGGCCAGUACUCACUUCUGACGCCCACACGCACAGCCGCCUACUGGGUCGUCGGGGCUGCUGUGAAGCUUUGCCAAGAUUUACGUCUCACUGAUGAGACCACAAUCACUCGAUCCCCUAGUGGCAGGCCGCUAAACUGCCUGGAAAUUGAUAUGCGGAGACGAUUAUUCUGGAUAAUAACAUCCAUGGAGUAUGGUCUGUCUCACAGUCUCGGCCGGCCAAGUAGUUUUUGUGUUAGCCACGACCAUAUCAACGUCAAGUUCUUCGAAAUGGUAGACGACAGAUACAUUACCACCGAAGGCGUGGCACCGGAGGCGCGACCUAUAAUGAAGAAAUGCAUUGCUAUUCACUUUCUUAAAAUGAGGCUGCUUCAAGCAGAAAUUCGCCGGACGCUUUAUCUUCGAAAGCGCGAGACCCCAAAUGAUGACCAGGAUCCUUGGUUCGCGCAGAUGCUGGAUAAACUUGACAAUUGGGUGACGUCUUGUCCUAAAAAUGACGAGGGGAGUGGGCUUAGCCAAGUUUGGUUCGAGGGAAGACGAAACACGAUGAUUGUUUUCAUGUAUCGACCUUCACCACAAGUCCCGGAACCUUCAUUACAGGCUGCGCAGCGAUGUUAUGACGCCUGUGUGUUUAACAUCAAAAUGCACAAGGAGCAAGUGAGAACGGGCUCAGUAGAUUUAACCUGGAUCUGGACUCAGUCUGUCUGCAUGGCUCUCAAUACGAUUCUCUGGUCCCUAUCCUAUCCCGAUAUUCGCCAAGAACACCCAAAGGAGGAGGUGGUUAAACAUAUCAAUGUUGCCAUGGAAGUCCUUGCUGUAAGCGCUGAGCGCUGGCCAGGUGUUGAAUCCUGCAGACAACUUUAUAUAAGUCUUAUUGCCGGCUGUCUCAAGGCGUACGGGAGCGACGAAUCCUUUGUGGUACAGUCACCAUCAAAUAGGCCGUCCCCAGCUUCUACCCAAGACGUGACAACUCCGCAACAACAAAUAUCCAGCCCUGACCUUAAUGCAGUGCCCAACCUAAGGCCGCCCGAUAGCACGUAUGCUUUCAAGAGGUCAGCAACUGUAUCAUCCGAAGGCUCACAUGUCACUCACGAUUCUUAUGAACACACAUAUCCAAUUGUCUCUCAACCAUCCUUCCCAUCGUACCCCAGUGCGGUUCCUACUCCUCCACAGCCUCUAUCCAACUCUAUGGGCAAUCAUUCCUCCAGCCUCGCGGACACACAGUUUUUCUUUGACCCAACCUCAUUUCACAAUUCAAUCCCAUCGGUCGUUCCUGGUUUGCAAAACUGGGACGCUAACUAUAUGACCGCGUCCACCAUGGCAAGCCACCUCUCUUCUGGAAGUGCUGCCUUUGAUCCCAUGGUUUGGACGGGCUCUUUUGGUGAUCAGUAUUCACAGUUUUUCAACCAAUCCUACCCGAGCACAGUGUGGCGAGACAGAAAUCUGAGCCGGGAAGAGCAAUCAGAGUUAAUGGCCAAUCUCGUUGACGAGUUGCCGGAUGUUUCUUACCUUAUCAACGAAUCCACUACCUUUUAUAAUGCCAUGAACUGA